AUGUCCGAGCGUCGUGGAACGAAGGCACUAGAACUAUGGUGCCGCCGAGUGGCCGACGGCUACAAGGAUGUUAAGAUCACUAACAUGAGCACCUCCUGGCGCGACGGUCUAGCAUUCUGUGCCAUCAUCCACAAUUUCCGGCCCGACCUGAUCGAUUUUGCAAGCCUCAGCAAGGACAACGUGUAUUACAACAAUGAACUAGCGUUCACCAUCGCGGAACAACAUCUCAACAUACCGUCGCUGCUGGAUCCGGCUGAUAUGGUCAAGUACGAGGUGCCGGAUCGAUUUUCAAUUCUCACCUACCUGUCGCAGUACUACCGAGUGUUCAGCAACCAAGAACCCGCCUCGAAUAAGAAAGCAGCCGAUAAGGACACCAAACCCGAUGACCUUAACGCUAAGAUUAUGGCAAGCAUACCGGCAUUUGUGGGCGUUCCUAAACGUGCUUCAUGCAACCGUUGUAGUAAUCCCAUCUUCCUGGCAGAACGGAUCAGCUUUGGCGCAAAGAGCUACCAUCGAUCGUGCCUCAAGUGUGCCCGUUGUGGAGCUCAAUUAACGGUUGGCAGUUUCUACGAAACUGAAACGGACGGAGAAUAUUGUUGCGAAACAUGUCCAGAUGAGGAAAUUCAACUCGAACAACGGCGUGAAUCGCCACCUUCAUCUGAAUGCAGUAGCCGUUCUUCGAGCGUACCCGGCAACGCUCCACCUGUUGUUCCGGCGGUGAAUCUAUCGAAAAACAUUCGUAGUAGCAAGCUGCUCGAUCGGAUAUCGUUCUUUGAAUCUGCACCGUUGAGCGACGAAGAAAAAUCGUCGAACUUGGAACGAAAGACAAGGAUGAGCAAUUAUCUCAAGGACACGCUAAAUGUAGAGGAAAAGAAUAUUGAUGAACCUCCCGACCUACCGAAAAGUGAACCACCAAGCUCGUUGAUCAGCCGAUCGGAAACAACUGAAAAUGUCCAAACUGUGGAACAGGCUAACGUGAUUGAGUUGGAUAAUGCUGAGGACGAAUUCGAAAAACUAGUACAGAAUCUAGAUAAAGAGGAUUUGGAAAAGGAAGCAAAUGAAUUACCGGAAGUGAUUUCGGAUCCCAUACAAAACCUAAAGAAGCAUACGGUGGAAAAUGAAACGGAGACACCUUCACAAACAGUUUCGGAAGAUAAAGAAACAGAAAAAGUCGAAGUUUCGAAUGCCAAUCCUGAAUCUAUUUUGAGCAUAAAUACUGUACCAGAAGUAGUAACUGAAGAAUUAAAUGAUGAAGCCAUAAAACCUGUUCAACAAAUAGAGUUAAAGCAAAAUUUGGAAUCAAAUAGUGAUCACAAAGAAACAGUUUAUCAAGAAAAAGGUGAACCUAGUUGUGAAGCAUUGGCUGAGGAAAAGGUUGCUAAAACAACCAAUGAUUUUGAGAUCGAAGAGAAAGUUCUCGACAAACCUGAAAUAACAAAAAUUCAAGACGAAUCAUCAAUCGAGAUAUCAUCAAAUAUUUUGACAAAUGACACGGAGACAGGUAAAACCCAAAUGGAAUCUGGAUCACCUUCUGAACUGACGUCAAAUUCUGUUACAAAUGAAUCUAUUGUGCCUGAAGAAAUUAAAAGCACUGAAUUAAAAGUUUUACCUUCAGAAGAAGAAGCUGAGGAAAGCAUUGAACGCAUUACCGAAGAAACGAACACAGAUACGGUAACCGAAUGCAAAGUGCCUGUUGAAGCAAAAGUUACAACACCUUUUGAGACUGUUGAAAGCUGUAAUAAAGUUGAGAUCAGCGGAAAAGAAGAUGUAAAUAAGGAAACCAAUGAGGAACAGUAUCCAUCAGAUCUAAAUCCGUUCGGAGAAGACGAACAAAAUGAAGAUAACGAAAGCGUCAUGGAGUUGCCAAACAUUCCAGUGGGAGAAAAACCUAUUCCAAUUAUUCGGCGUGUGAGCAAAAAUCCAUUUGGUAGCGAAGAUGAAGAUGAGGAGCUUUCUCAGUCUCCUUCAUCAAAACCGCCUCGGCCACCACCUCCGAAGGUGAAAACGGAUGGUGCAGCUGCACCAUCCAAUCCAGUGCCAGCGAAUCCAUUCGGCGAAGACGACGACGAUGAAGCGCCAACAGACGAACCGGAAAUAGUGCCAGUAGUAUCCAAACCUUCGCCUCGCCGAACUCCGGUUCCGACACCACGGAAGGCGCAUGCUUACAAUGAUUCAAUAAGCUCGCUUGACAAUUCCUUGAUGUCGAGCAGCAAGUUGAGCAGUUCGAACGUUUCGCUAGCGUCCAGUCUUGAAAGCGGUCCUUCUUCAAUUGUUGCUCCACGACGAAAGAAAGGAAAGGCUCCCGAUAUUCCCGUUCAGCUGUCAGGCUCAAGUAUCGUGCCGUUUCAGCAAUUGACAUCUUCUGAGGUGGAUAAGACGUCAAUGGACAACAUAUCGAACAGCAGUGGAAGUGGCACAUUGACGACGCCUCGUAAAAAACGCCUUGCUCCGGCCCCACCUCCAACACCUAAUGCUUCGUCAACUCCGAAACAACCUCCAAAACAGGACGGUGGUUUAACUAGAGCACCUAGCCAGCGUCUGCUUGCCGUAGAUGCUAGCCUUCGUAGGAACAGCGAGCUUGAGCCAUCGAGCUCUAUGAGUCGUGGGGCUAGCAACGAAUCCGUUGUAUACCGACGAACAAUAGUACCUCUGUUGUUGGACGAUGAUGGCCCGGAGUCUCCUAACCAUGACAGCAUGAACACCAGCGAGCGCCAGUGGGAGAAAAUGAAAGACAACAAAGAGGCACAAAACCGUAAUCGUCAAUCGCAAAGCUCCCCCACCAGCGAAGGGAAUGGAAUGAAUUUCGGAAGUUCUAGUGCUGGCCUAUCAAUUCUUGCGAAUAAAUCAUCCCAAGGGAAGUGGAAACGACGUAAAGGGCCUGCACCGGCAUUGCCGAUGAUGACAGCACCGCCACCCGAGCGAAAGCCAAUCAAAAUGCUACCGUUAAAGGAAAUUCACCAGGAGCUGCAGAUCAUCGAAACUCAACAGCAGGGGCUGGAAAAACAGGGAAUCGUGUUGGAGACAAUGAUACGCGAGCGCUGCGAGGGAGGUGAGGCGGACAUCGAUCUCGAUAUCAGACUGCAGUCCAAUUCGAAGGAGGUGGAAGAUUUGAUCAUGCAACUGUUUGAACUGGUGAACGAAAAAAACGAGCUGUUUCGACGCCAAGCGGAGCUAAUGUACUUGCGACGUAUGCAUCGGCUUGAACAAGAGCAGGCAGAUUUGGAGUAUGAAAUUCGUUUGUUAAUGGCCCAACCCGAACGAAACAAGACAGAUUCAGACAAGGAAAAAGAGGAAGCAUUGAUUGCUCGGUUGGUUGAGAUUGUACAAUUGCGCAAUGAAGUAGUGGAAUGUCUAGAUAUGGACCGCAUCCGUGAAGCAGAGGAAGAUCUGUCCAUCAAACAGAGCAUUGAAGAACGAGCAGCAAGCCAACAAUCGAAACAUGGAAACAGCAAAAAAGAUUCAUCUACCGGUUCUUCGAGCCUUCCACUUACCGACGCUGAGAAACGCGACUCUUCGACAAAGUUAUCCAAAAAGGAGAAAAAGAAGCUAAAGGAAGCAAAAAAGCUCGUAAAAUCGAAAAAAAUUGACUCGGAAAAGGAUGCCGAUGAAACGGAGAGUAGUACUACGAAAGAGAAAAAAAAGAAAAGAAAGUUUCUUUUCUAAAAGCCAUGCUUAUAAGUGAGGUUUUCUGGACGUGCCGUUAUGUCUACAUCCUUUGACUGCUAAAAGCCAUGUUCCUUUGGAAACGUGUCCAAUUCCAGACGGACAAACAUCAACGAACUCAUUCCCUCGGCGUACAUCAAUGUUGAUCCGUCCAUCUAUUCAAGUUACGCAAUCGUUUAUUGUUCAUCAAAUUCUCUAGUUGCAGUUACAGUUUACUCAGAUAAUGUCUGACGAAUAAUUGAUAUGCAGUUGCUAUUGGUGCCUUUUCGAAUAUUAUUUAACUAAAUCAACAGAUUUGUUGUAGGCCGGUAGGGCCUCUCAUCGAUUGGAUCGAUUCUAUUUUGUAAGCGUUUCCAUUUACCACAUUUGCUACAUUUGCUGUAGAUAUUUCAAUCAUCGCAUUUAGUUCACUCGAUAAUAAUACGACGGAGAAAUAUAUUAUUUCCUGUUUGCAUUACCCUUUGUUUCAAAGUCCUUUAACUACAUGUUCCAUUAAAGCACCCAGAUAUUUUUUGAUAGUACUAUCCGAUUUUACACGAACAAAAAUGAUCGUUUAUAGGUAAUGAAAAAUGUCCACUCUCAAAAGGGACAUGUGAAUAGUGAUAGAAAAAAAAAUACAUAUGCCUAAUAUGCUAAGAAAUAAAGUAUGCAUUGAGCUUAAAGUUAAGUUUA